AGAGGGAGAGAGAAAAACCGCGAGGGUGAAAGCGCAAGGGAGAGAACGAGAGAGAGAGCGAAAAACCCCGAGAACAAGAGAGACAGACUAAAACCGUGAGAGAGGGAGAGAGAAAGAGAGACACCACCGCCUUUAGCUUCGAUUUGACCAUCGCAAAGAGACUGUGCGUGUGCAACAAUCCGGUGCCUCUGUUCAUCGGGCCGUCGUCAUCGUCGCCGCCGUCGUCGUGGUCAUCAGUGUCGCGCGACUCACUAAAAUCGGCGACGAUGUCCAAUGUCAAUAUCGCGUGUGCCUCGCGAUUUAUUAUGUGAUCAUCGUUUUACUAAAAAAAAUAAUAUAUACACCCACUCUCUAUACACUCCAAAAUACAACGCCCAGUGUCCUACCCGCAGGGGGAACAGCCUCAAGAAUAAUGUCCCCAAGUCAUGGAUUCAACAUCUCUUCAUCAGAAGAUCGUAUUCACUAUCAUCGUAAAUACCACACUAGUCAAUGUUUACUUUUUACACUGACUAAUAAUGGGAAUUUCAAUCAAUUUUGACAACACUGCCAAGAAGGAGAAAAGUUUUAAUAUAUAAAAUAACCGAGCUGCCUAGAAAAAAAAUCACACACACAGUCUCUCUCUCUAUAUACAUAUAUAUAUAUAGAGAUACAUUACCGGUAAGAAAUCUUCCUCCCUGGAAAAUAUAUACAUAUUAGAUGCGAGCUUUUACAUUUUUUACGUCACGUAAUUGAAGAAUUUAAUAUUAACUUCGUUUGACGUCACAAGUUUAAUCCAGUUGAAUUAGUUCUACAUUUUCACAAUUAAUCCCAUGAGGCCAAGAGUGCAGAAGUGAGGGAAAGGGGGAAGAAGAUUUGAAAUCGAGUGCAGCAAAAGAAGCAACAGAUUGGAAUCUCGAAACUUCUCGUGCCACGGAUCGCUUAUCAACGGUAGAGUAUUAUACCUUUUCCUAGCAAAAGGACUUCCACUUGUCACAACACACAAAGUCGUGGAGUGCUUCAUCAUCGCCGGGCACAAUGGCUUGGAAAUUGUUUGAGCACGAACGAUGGCCGAUUCACGCGGCUUCAAACCAAUAAAUCAACUGUGGAGUGUCGCGUCAGGAGUGGCAUCGUCUGACAUUGAUUCCGAGUGUCUAUACGAGGAUAUAUCAAGUCUCUCGGGACCGCAGGAUUCAGAGGAUCAGUGUCCGCGAAUAAUUCCACAUCGUGGUUUAGAGCAACAACAACAACAACGCGUGCGUCGUAGUAGAAGAAAAGAAGACGGACGUACAACAUCGUCAGCGGCAACAUUAAGAAGAAAAAAUCAAAGCACAAAUCAUCAUCAUCAACAACAUCAUCAUCAUAAUCCUCAAAUUAAUAAUAAUAAUAUUGAUAACGUAUCCAGGGUGGAGGAGAAAUAUGGAGUGCGCGGGAGUUAUGGGGAGUCUGGGCCUCAUGCCGCAUUCGAUGCGGGUUCAACAACACUCAAGCUGACGAGAGGGCGAAAAGUUUCAUCCCGAUAUCUUCAGACAACAACCACCACCACGACUACCACGUAUCAUCACGGGGGACGGAUUCCCCGCUUUAGUUCUAGGCCAACGCGUCAUCAUUUUGCCCGCAGUCCAUUCAGUAAUGAGACGCAGGAAGAAGUACAAGAGGACGACGAAGCCACUCUUAGAGAGUUGCUUGUAAGUCUGCAGAAACAGGUCAGCGUUAUGAGUAUGAACUUGAGUGCCAAGCUGGACGAGCUGCAGCAACGGGGUGACCGUCAGCUGGAAACGACUGUCGCCCUAUGUGAGAUACGCACGCAACUGCAGGAGCUGACGAAGAGUGUCGAGUCCUGUCAAAGUGAGGUCAGCGAAGUCAAGAGGGACAUGGUCGCGAUUAAGCACGAAUUAGAUACAGUGCAGCAGGUAAAGGAAGAAAUAGAAGAGUUACGAGAAUAUGUCGAGCGUCUAGAAGAGCAUACGCAUAGGCGAAAACUUCGACUUCUAGAACAGGGGUUGACGUUUUUCCUUUCGUAUGCUAUACUAGCAGCGGUGCUGGGAAUGCUGCAGUUCGGAUACAAUACUGGCAUCAUAAAUUCACCGGAAAAGAAUAUUGAGAGUUUUAUGAAAGAUGUACAUAAAGCGAGGUAUGGAGAAGAUAUGUCGGACAGUACAGCAAAUAAUUUAUAUUCAUUGGCAGUCAGUAUAUUUGCAAUCGGAGGGAUGCUUGGAGGAUUUAGUGGGGGAACAAUUGCUAACAGAUUUGGCAGAAAAGGAGGCUUAUUGCUAAACAACGUGCUGGGCGUCGUAGGGGCAUGCCUCAUGGGCUUCACAAAAAUUGCCCAUUCAUAUGAAAUGUUGUUCUUUGGCCGUUUUAUCAUAGGUGUAAAUUGUGGUUUAAACACAUCAUUGGUUCCAAUGUACAUAUCGGAGAUAGCACCAUUGAACCUAAGAGGCGGCCUAGGCACGGUGAACCAGCUCGCUGUUACGGUGGGCCUCCUAGUCUCCCAGGUGCUGGGUAUCGAACAAAUUCUUGGUACAAACGAUGGCUGGCCUGUUCUACUUGGACUUGCCAUUUGUCCUGCCAUUUUACAACUAUUACUCCUGCCAAUUUGUCCAGAAUCUCCAAGAUAUUUACUUAUAACCAAGCAAUGGGAAGAGGAAGCAAGAAAAGCUUUAAGAAGAUUACGAGCUAGUAACCAAGUAGAGGAAGAUAUUGAAGAAAUGAGAGCAGAGGAGAGAGCUCAACAGGCAGAAUCGACAAUUUCAAUGACUGAAUUAAUAUGCAGCCCAACUUUAAGGGCGCCUCUUGUCAUUGGAAUUGUGAUGCAGCUUUCGCAACAACUUUCCGGAAUUAAUGCCGUAUUUUACUAUUCAACGAGUUUGUUUAUAAGCUCGGGCUUAACGGAAGAGAGUGCCAAGUUUGCGAACAUCGGUAUAGGAUCAAUUAUGGUUGUAAUGACAAUCGUUUCCAUUUUCCUCAUGGACAGAACCGGAAGGCGUACUUUACAUCUAUACGGUCUCGGUGGCAUGUUUAUAUUUUCCAUAUUCAUCACUAUAUCCUUCCUCAUAAAGGAGUUUUUUGGUUACGUACAGGAAAUGAUUGACUGGAUGUCCUAUCUCUCGGUGGUAUCAACGCUCAGUUUUGUAAUGUUCUUUGCCGUGGGGCCUGGUUCAAUUCCCUGGAUGAUAACAGCCGAACUAUUCUCCCAAGGACCAAGGCCUGCAGCCAUGUCUAUUGCUGUACUCGUCAAUUGGAUGGCUAAUUUUGUGGUCGGAAUCGGUUUUCUCAAAAUGAAGAGUGCUCUCGAAAAUUACACGUUCCUGCCAUUCAGUGCAUUUCUAGCCAUCUUUUGGAUCUUUACGUACAAAAAGGUCCCGGAAACGAAAAAUAAAACCUUCGAAGAAAUUCUAGCAUUAUUCAGGCACAAUAAUGGCAGGAGCAGUUUGCGGGAUAGUAGACUUUAUGGGAGCAUGCUAAACUGUGUGAAUGCGUUAGAGGGACACAUACCACCAGCAGAGAGCGCAGCCCUGAUGGUGGCCGAGGAGAAGCCACAUCCUGAUUCAUUUGUAUUUGCAGCUGGCUCAGAGCGCUCUUCCGUCGCUCCCGCUCAACCCGAGAGGCCGCCGCCCCCGCUUCCCCCGCCACGCUGUCCGAACAGCGGUGUCUGACAAUGGGAAACUCCUCUUAAUAUUGGGAAUCUGAUGAUAAUGAAUACACCGAACCCAUUGCCAUUACUAUUCAAUGCAAACAGCCUCAAUUUAGAGUACCAGCUUUACGAAUUAAUUAUAAAGCGUAGUAAAGCAUGUUCUGCAUUUAUAAAACGAAAUUUACGUCGUAAAUCAUCAACAGUUAACUUAUGGAGUGUAAAUUUCGAUAAUGACAUCAGACAAUGUAUAGAUUAUUAAAAAAAAGUAAAUAAUAUGGACCUUCAGGUGUUUUAAAAAAACCGAAAGAGAAAAAAAACAGUGCCUACUGUCCAAAAGUGUCACAUUAAAUUCGAUCUUAACGAGUAUAUACUGCAUUCGACAUUCGAAUCAAAGACUUUUUACCUUUAAAAAAACAAAAACACACAAAUUCCCUUAUUCGCGUAUUAUGCACAUAUUUAUAGUGUGUAUAUAUUUUUUUUAAUUUGCGAAAUAACUCGCGUAAUUGUAGAUAAUAUCGAGAAGAAUAAAUGAGUCUAAUUAUAAAUAAUUCCUUGUGUGAGAAAAAGAGAGCGAGAGAGAGGGAGAAAAUGGGAAGAAAAUACUGUCAACGCGCAGUGCUGUACAAAUACAGCGUUUUAUGUAUAUCUAUAUAAAUAUAUAAUAUAAAAUAUGACUAGGAAAAAAAAAUUUUUAAGUUUGAAAGCAAAAUGAAAUAUAGUUAAAAAAGAAACUUGAUGAGGAAUAAUACUUAAUUAGUUAGAAAAUUAUGUCUCGUAAGCAGGUCGUAUACAGACGAAACAUGGGAGCUGGACUCUUCCUUAUAAAUGUAGUUUCUAUUAUAUUAAUUUUCUCUAUGAAUUUUCGCAGUAGUUUCAAAAAUCUUUUUUUUACAUUAACUAUCAAUUUUAUUCAAUUUAUUACUCAUAUGAAAUGAAAAAAAAUUUAUUUUAUACACUGAGAAAAAAGAGGGCGCGUUGCAGCACAUUUUCGAGUCAUAUUGCGCUGCUCAAUCAUGAUCCACAAGUU